GUUUAGUUUUCUUUUCUUUCUACACUUCGCUGUUGUUAGCUAGUGGAUAAGCGUUUUAUUUCGAUUGUUGUUGCAUUAAAUGUACGCUCGAUUUUUGUGUCUACUGUAGGCGGUGGUACGAUAACUUUGGAUAAAAAAAAAAAAACAAACAAACAAAACAAAGCUAUCUACAGUGAAAAAUAGAAGCGACGUAAGAGAUAACACACACUCAACACAAUGCUCCGUAUCUUCCGCAAUGCCAUCCUGGACAAACGCAUCACCCGCAAGACGUUCUCCUUCUCAGCCAUUGCGGCCAAGCGCUACGUCAUAAAGGAUCACUACGAGUUCGACCAGAAGGUGAUAAACAGCGACAACCCGGUGAUCGUCAACUUCCACGCCGAAUGGUGUGACCCGUGCAAAAUACUUACCCCGAAGAUGACGGAACUGCUGGAGCCGUCGGAGGAGAUCGAUCUGGCGAUCGUCGAUGUGGACGACAAUGCGGAGCUGGUGCAGACGUUCGAGGUGAAGGCGGUCCCCGCCAUCCUUGCCUUCCGGAACGGUGUGGUGGUGGACAAAUUCAUCGGCCUGGUGGACGCGAACAUGAUCGAGAAUCUGAUUGGCAAGCUGACGAAGAAAAAGGCCACCUAAGGACCGGCCGCAGACAAACGGUCCCUGGGGUGUGUGUUUGUAUGUGCGCGCGCGCGCGCGAGUGUGUGAGUGUAUGUAUGGUGGAACCGGAUGCACGUGCAUGGAAUUUUAGCGCAAAAACGGAGAUGAGCCGUGCACGGGCACGGAUUUCGUUAGAUAUACCAAGUUAGCAUAGGAACGACUACCCCCUAGAACGGCAGAAAUGAGAAAAGUGACAAAAAAAAGCAAUUGUGUGCAUUCAAAAGGUUCACAUGUGGUGGUGUGCGAAACAUCGCGACCUUCGUGCCACCCCUUCCUCUUAUACUACUACGAUAGGCAUUGUGUGAUUGUACAGUGAUCGAUUGUAUUGUUUUGUUUUUUUGUUUUUCUGUAAGAGGCCACACACCAGGGGUGAAGCGAUUUUAUCUUUUAAUUUACGAUCGGAAAAUAUACGGGAAAGCGAAAACAA